AUGUUUCAGUGGCCUGGCAUUUUUCGGGAAAGCCGGCAGCAGGAUGCUUCCUUCCAGGAGUUGGCUUACUUGUUAAGGGAGUCUUCUUUAUCAGACGACAGUGAGGUUCUUCAAGCUAAUAUCUGGAUCCAAAGGCGACAUCAUGAUGUGGGUGAUAUCAAAAGAUGGUCUUUAACUGGAAAUGGUAUUUUCUCGGUUAAAUCAUUCUAUAAUUUCCUGAAUGAUGGGGGACUGCGCUGCGAUGUCUCUGGUUUUUUUUUGGAAAAUAGUUGUCCAUCGAAGAUUAACAUCUUUAAUUGGUUGGCCUGCAAGAACAAAAUCCUGACUUUAGAGAACUUGGAAUUCAGACGCUGCAACAAACUCCCGACGGCGACUUGUGUGAUGUGUCAUUCUGCGAUUGAGUCAGUUGACCAUCUGUUUAUUCACUGCUCAUUCGCCCGAGAAGUGUGGAUGUACUUUGUCAAUAUUCUGAAUCUUCCUAAGCCUCCUAGCUCCUUCAGUCUUAUUUGGGUAUUAUGGAGGGGGACAGUGAGGCCGUCUUCUAGGAUCUAUGUGGACUUAGUGGUUAAGGCGUUAGCUUGGAAUAUUUGGCUUGCUAGGAAUGAUCGGAUCUUUAAUAAUAAAAUUGCUUCUGCUCGCUGCCUUAUAAUGAAUAUUGAUCGUAUGCUGCUUUCGUGGUUCGAUGCUCUUGCAGAUAAUGUCAAGGGAAAGAUUGAUGAGACCAUGUCCACUGUCAAGCGUAGCCUUGAGUUCCUUGGUCAGAGGGGAUAG